AUGGCUUUGUCUAUCACUCUCACGACCGGGACAAGGGUUAGCCAUCAAGAAGAAGAAGGCAAAUCCCCUUUCACCGACUCAUGGAAAGAGCAACUGUCGGCUGACGACGAGAGGGUGAGUCGCUUCCUUGCUGAAAAGGAUCUGGUAGCAAGAAGCCUUAAAGCAGCUUCCCAGUGCAACAAGGACUAUGACACAUGCCCCAACGUGCUGCCGGGCCAUAGGAACUUCACCUGCUGCAACCACAAGUGCGUGGAUUUGUCCGUAAACAAGGACAACUGUGGUGCAUGCAAGAAGAAGUGCAAGUACACGCAGUCGUGUUGCGGAGGGCAGUGCGUGGACCUGAGUUCUGACAAGAGGCAUUGUGGCCUGUGCAACCAUCCCUGCCAGAAUGGAGCGUCUUGUGUGUAUGGUCUUUGUGAUUAUGCGUGA